AAAGAAGCCCUAUCGAUUGUACUGUAUAUAUAAAGCAAAACCCUAGAAACACUUGUCUUUCGACUCCAGCGCCGUCCGUUUUGCAGAAACCACCCAUUUGGACGAACCAUGGCCCCGAAGAAAGGAGUCAAGGUUGCUGCCAAGAAGAAGACGGAGAAAGUAACGAACCCUCUAUUCGAGAGGAGGCCUAAGCAAUUUGGUAUUGGUGGAGCUCUUCCUCCCAAGAAGGAUCUUACCCGCUACAUCAAAUGGCCUAAGUCUAUCCGUCUUCAAAGGCAGAAGAGGAUCCUUAAGCAGAGGUUGAAAGUCCCACCUGCCCUUAAUCAGUUCACCAAGACCCUCGACAAGAAUCUUGCGACCAGCCUCUUCAAGAUACUUCUCAAGUAUAGGCCGGAGGAUAAAGCCGCCAAGAAAGAGCGUCUUGUCAAGAAGGCUCAAGCUGAAGCGGAGGGAAAGCCUUCUGAAUCCAAGAAGCCUAUUGUUGUCAAAUACGGCCUUAACCAUGUGACCUACCUCAUCGAGCAGAACAAGGCACAGCUUGUUGUCAUUGCUCAUGAUGUCGACCCCAUCGAGUUGGUCGUCUGGUUGCCUGCUCUCUGCAGGAAGAUGGAAGUCCCUUACUGCAUUGUCAAAGGCAAAUCUCGUCUUGGAGCUGUUGUUCACCAAAAGACUGCUGCUUGCUUGUGUUUGACCACUGUCAAGAAUGAGGACAAGCUUGAGUUCAGCAAAAUCCUCGAAGCUAUCAAGGCAAACUUCAACGACAAGUACGAAGAGUACAGGAAGAAAUGGGGAGGAGGCAUAAUGGGAUCCAAAUCUCAGGCCAAGACAAAGGCCAAGGAAAGAGUACUUGCAAAGGAGGCUGCCCAGAGGAAUAACUAAUAAGGAUCUUUUUGAGUGUUUAGAUUGUCUCUUCAAUUUGUUGUUCAAAAAAGGAUUCUCUUUUUUUUUGUUGGAAGUUGGAACUAUCGUGUAUGGAUGUGUUUUGCACCCUCUUCAGACAGUUUUCAAGCUUUAUGAUCAUUUUGGUCUCAGGCA